CCCGGAUUUACACCCUCCGCCACAGGAGAGACCACUCGGUAGAAGAUACACAUGAAAGGCCAGCGCCAGUGCUCUAGACUCGAGUAUGUAGUUCUUUUACUGACUGCCCCCCGCCACAUCAGGGGGUGUGCUCCCCUGUAGUGCCGUGCCCUACUCCGCGGCACUCCCCCUCCUGUCUCGCGCCCGGUAGGGGUUGGACUUCCGCAAGACUUUCACAGACGCUAUCUUUUUUCUUUUUUCUUCUUUCUUCUUUCUUCUCUUCAUCCUCUCCCCACACUCUCAUUCCACUUCAUUCCAACCCGAGCAUUCAACAUCGCCAUGCUUCAUUCCAUGCAUGAAAAGAUCUCCUCUCUGGUGCACCACCACCGGAACAAGCAAGCCGAAGAGGCUGUCGAGACCACCGCUGUCGACGAGGCCGUUGGCAGCUCCAACCCCAGCAAGAACUGGGACUACGAUAUCGUCUUCAAGGGCGCACAGGAUGUACCUGUAGGGGACGUGUUUUCCUCUGACCCUUUCCUGGAGGCCUACCUUGGACCCCCCGAAGACCCUCAGACCUUGACAUUCAUCACCGGCGUCCAAUGGAAUACCUUGAAUCCUGUAUGGAACGCCAAGUGGGACCUGAUGAAUGUCUCGGACGGAACUGAGAUGCAUAUUGCGAUCAUGGACAAGGACAAGCUGAAAGAGGAUACCCUUCUCGGUAGAGCCACCUUGACGCUCGGAGCUCAACUCGAAGGAGCCCAGGAACAUGCUCUUGAUAUCGUUAGAUCAGAUGGGCGCACAAAGGGCAAGAUCCUCAUUCAGACGACGGCGAUCAGGAGUGCUGGGAAAUCGGCGACCUUGACAAAGGUCUCGACGAGGGGGCCUGCACGCUUCUCGCGCCAUACCAGCUAUGCUGCUGGUGUGUUGACCCGGGAGAGCAAAUACGAAUUUUACGCGUACCGUAUCCGUCUUUAUCAUCUUUUGGAUGUCUUUGGCUCCGACCCUCACCAAUACCAACACUGGAACACCGAAUACGAUGCCGCCAAGCGCAUCUUUGCCGACAAUCUCGAGGGACUCAAUAUUCGCAAUGCCCUCCAUUCCCAGCACUCGUACUUGUACCGCCACGGCCGUACGACUGUCUAUGGCGAUUUGAGGACAGCGAGUGAUUUGGGCAACCUGCUGCAUGGUGACCGAUUGAAGAAGAAUCCCGACCAGGACCUGAAGACCGUUGUCUUCACCUACAGUCUGGUUCCCAAAGGAAUGUACUUUUCCGAAACCGGUGUAGCCUUCUUCCAGGACUUCAUGUCCAAACAUGCUAUGCACGCCAACCGUGCGACCGAGGUUCUAUACUCUGGCGAAUUCCGUUUCUUUAGGGACGAGGAGCAUCGCAAUGACUGGACGCUUUUGAUCGACAACAACUCGGGCACAUACGCCCCAAAGAAGGAAGACCUUCACAAGGUAAAGAAGGUUUUUGAGCUCAAUUUCCCGGACCUGGUCGUUGUUGCCCUUGACCACGAUGAUCCUUACCUCAAGGAGAUCCGCGCGGAGACCAAGAAGAUCGAGGCCCAAGUGGCUUCCCAACAGAGCCAGCGCUUCCAACUCUUUGGCGGUAUGGGCAGCUCGACUGAAGAUAUCCCUCGUGAGGGCUAAGCUGCAGGACCUAACAGAAACCCCAUCUUCGAUCCGUCCGUAUCUCGUCUCUUUCGAUUGAAUACAAUAAAAUAUGUCUAUCACGUGUAUAGUUCGCGAAGGAAAAAAAAAG